GCGAGGAUUUUAAUCGUCAUAUCUGAGUUCCUCGCUUUCUCACGUGGUGCAGGCCUAAUCAAUUUUCAUUGGCUAGCGGGCUGAGGAGGCGAGGGUUCGGUACUCCCCUUGACAUGGCUGAGGGUGCCGGCUGGCAGCCGCCGCGCCCCUGUGAAGCCUAUCGUGCCGAGUGGAAGCUCUGCCGCAGCGCUGGGCACUUCCUGCACCACUACUACGUCCACGGCGAGCGGCCGGCCUGCGAGCAAUGGCGACGCGACCUGGACAGCUGCCGCGAAUGGGAGGAGCGCCGGAGCGCCAAGGCCCAGCGGUCCCUCUGUGAGAGCGAGCGUAGGAGAGUCCAGGCUGCACAAAAGCACACCCUGGUGUGGACCCCGAGGCAGAGCCCCCCUGCAGAAUGGCAUCUCCCUCUGCCACAGGAGGAGGAAGACAAGUGACAAGCACCCCUGCACAGCUUCCUCUGGUCUGUUUCAAGUGGGGCUGUUGUAUGUGACCCUAAGGACUCUGACUGACCCAAGCGUUCCAGUAGGUACCUGGGAACUUCUGCCUGGCUUGGAACACCGAGCACCACACCCCCAGGGCUGCUUGCCCAGCCCUCACCUGCGUUCUGGGUGCCCCCCUGCUGCCAUUGCUCUGGAAGAAGUUUUGUCCACUGCACAGCUUCCAGGAAGCCAAGGACCAUUGCAGAUUGCUGAAAGCAGGCAGGGUGGGCUGUCUCAUGCUCCUCCUGCUGACCUCCCAGCAGGACAGCAGCACAGCAGGUGGUCAUCAUGAGGUCUAAAAUUCUCAGGUAAAGUCUUAAGUGGUAGCUGUGACCCCUGUGGACACAUAGAGGGGUCAGGAUGAGGAAGCUAAAUGGUCGUGCUGCCAAGAACACCUCACCUGGCCCUGGUUUGGUGAGGACCACACAUGGCCAGCCACUGUGCCCACACUUGGCUGUGGCCCGCUCGCUCAGGUCCUCUGCAGACACAGGUGGGGUGGACCUCUGGACCGGCAUGCUGCACCCCCUAGGCUCACAGGAGGUGAGAUUCUGGUUUUUAAGAACUGCACACAGCUAAGGACACACCACCUUGCAUAAAAAGCGUUCAUGGAUUCUUGGCUGAAGAAACCCAAACCUGGAAUUUUGGUCCACUUAACAUUUCCCCUGGUCAUUUUUAGAAAAUGUGGAGUAUGUCAAAGGCCAUUUUACACAUUAGAUUUCAAAGAGAAGCUGAACUUUUAAAUCAACAGUUUAGUUGUUGGGACUAUUAAAUUUCACAUCUGAUGUUAUACUCAGUGUUACAAUGAAGUCAUUAAGGUCGGCCGUGACAAUCCAGCAUGGCUGGAGAGGGAUGACCAUGUGAGGACAAAGCACAAAGGUAGCCAUCUAGAGGCAAGAGGCCUUCAGAGAAACCAACCCUGCUGGUGCCUCAGCCGUGGGAGUUGUAGCUUCCAGAACUGUGAGGAAUGUCUUUUUCAGCCAUGCAGGCUGGCACUUUGUCCUGGCAACCCCAGCACCCUAAUACAGCCACCAUUCCAGACUGACAGUACCCGAGUAAGAGUCCUCAGCCCCAGGGGUCCCACCCUCCUGCAGGACACAGCAGCUUUGUUCACUAGUGUGUCCCUGGCCUGCUCCACCCUCUUCAGCCUCCCUCCCCAGCUUAAAAUGCGAAGCUGGCCCUGCUGCUGAUGAUGUGAGGAACUUCAUGUGUCCUGUCUGCCCCACCCGUGAAGGCCCUGCCUCUCCUCUGCCCACCCAUGCAGACAGCACAGCACACACAGCCUGCACAUCCUUCACCUCUGUCUCUUGGGAUCAUUUUAUGCCUCCUGCUGGGGGCAUCCACCCCACAGAA